AUGAGAAUUCUGGAGGAUAAUUGUGUUAGUGAUAACUCCUAUGAAAACAGAAGUGCUCUCUCUAGAUGUAGAGCUGAAUUCACAAGAUACUUCAACAUUCAAGAAAGUAUUAUGAGACAAAUAGCUAGAGACAAGUGGUUUAAAGAAUGUGAUGCAAACACAACCUAUUUUCAUAGUGUUAUAAAGGCAAGGAGAAGAAGGUUGACCAUUACUAUGAAAAUGGAUGACCAAAAUCAAUGGUUGGAAGGAAAUGAUGUUAUUGCAGAAGCAGCUGUGAGGCACUUUCAAGGGAUGUUCACUCAGGAAUCGCACAACACUAAUUUCAAUGUUCUUAAUUGUAUAGAGAGGUGUAUCACUGAUAAUGACAACAACAUGCUUAAAUCCAUUCCUACUAUUCAUGAAAUUAAAGAAGCUAUGUUUAUUAUGGACAAGGACAGUGCCCCAGGACCAGAUGGCCUGAGUGGUUAUUUUUAUCAAUUUUCUUGGGAUAUUACAUGCAAUGAUCUUAAUAAGGCAGUGGAAUCUUUCUUUCAAGGUGCUAAACAUCCUAUGUUUUUCACACAUACUUGCUUGGAAAUUAUCAAAGAUAUUAAGAAGCCAUCUAGAGGUGGAAAUGUGGUUAUUAAGCUUGAUAUGGCUAAAGCUUACGACAGGGUAUCUUGGGAAUUCUUAUGCAUGGCUCUUAAAAAUAUUGGCUUUUAUGAGUGGUGGAUACAUCUUAUUCACAACUACAUAUCCAACAAUUGGUACUCUGUUAUUGUAAAUGGAGGAAGGCAUGGCUUCUUUAAAUCUAACAUGGGUCUGAGACAAGGUGAUCCAAUCUCUCCAUCUCUUUUUUUCAUCAGUGCUGAACUCCUCUCGAAGAUGCUGAAUAAUCUUCAUGAUAGACAAGGUUACAAAGGCUUUUACAUGAGUGUGAAUGGUCCCAAAAUAAAUCACCUUUCUUUUGCUAAUGAUACUAUCCUCUUUUGCAAUGGUGGUAAAGACACUCUUGAAAUAAUCUUAAAAACACUUGAAAUCUAUGAGAAAAUAUCGGGCUAG